GAAGCACGAUAACACCCAACUACCUUGACAACUCCACCUCCAACGUGGGACCCUGGUGCUCCUGUGCAGCGAGCGGAAACCACAGGGAACAGUGCAAUGACUUCCUGACGUUUUUCCACGACAACGUCUGCCUGAAAAAUUCCAUCCUGGCCUUCGGAAAUGGAUCAGAUGUGAAGACGGGUGCCGGUCAGCCCGGGAUGCCGAGUCCAGCGACGGACAACCAGAGCCCGUUCUUGGCAACCACCGCCCCAGGUGUCUCCAUGGAAACAGAGCAGAACAUUCUGCGAGCACAGAUACCCACUCAGGUCAACGAGAACGACAGAUUGUGGGGCGACGAGGGAGACUCCACUCUUCCGUCUCCGGGCCUGUCGGACCGCGGGGCCGAGCCCGUCCACCUGUCCCUGCUGCUGGGCCUCGGCUGGCUGCUGCCCGCCGUGCUGCUGCUGCUGCUCUCCGACUAAUACGAGGCCUCGCUCACCUUGGCC